UCCUUGAGAUUCAUAGGCUAUAGAUAGAUUAGAGAAUCUAGUGAGAGAGUGAAGAAAAUGGCGGUCUCCACAAUCUCCAUCCUGACAAGCUCUCACACAACACUUACAAAAUUCAAUCCUAAAUCCAUUAUCAAAUUCCAAUAUGGGUCUUCUUCAUCUUCUUCUUCUUCUCCCGGUCCAUUCCAUUUUCCGCUUCUGCAACAGAUCAACUUUGGCAAUGGAAUGAAGAAGGCGGUAAAUGUGGGUCUUAGUCUUUUGGCUUCUUCCAUGGUAGCAUUGACGCCAAUGGAUGCCAAUGCGACCAGAAUCGAGUACUUCGCGACCGUGGCUGAUCCACCCUGUGAGUUCAGAUUUGCCCCUUCCGGCCUAGGUUACUGCGAUGUCGCCGUCGGUUAUGGCGAAGAAGCUCCCUACGGAGAACUUAUCAACAUUCAUUACACUGCAAGGUUUGCGGAUGGAAUAGUAUUCGACAGUAGCUAUAAACGAGCUAGAUAUCUUACGAUGAGAAUCGGUGUUGGGAAGGUGAUAAAGGGAUUGGAUCAAGGAAUCUUUGGUGGAGAAGGAGUGCCUCCUAUGCUAGUUGGUGGAAAACGCAAACUUCAAAUUCCACCAACAUUAGCAUAUGGCCCUGAACCAGCUGGAUGUUUUUCAGGAGACUGCAAUAUACCUGCAAAUGCAACACUUUUGUAUGAUAUUAACUUUGUAGACAUCUACAAAGGAAAUAGGAAAUAGAAAAUGAAGACCGAGCCGAGGAUUACACAAUCAAUCACUAUGAAAUUGAACCUAGAGGAUGCAGUGGGAGCUCGGGCAUUAACUUUAUUGGAGGAAGAAGAAUAAGUUGCUCUUUCAAAGGAUUCUAAUAUACAUAAUAAUGUAUUUGUAUUACACCUUAUUCUUGUUAUAUGUUUUUAGAUGAUGUCAAUAUUAUUAUGAAAAUUUUAA